AUGGGAAAUUCAUGUUCAACAACAUGGCCAUUGAAUCAUUGUUUGAAUGCACCUCGAACAUCGUCGCAAUCUGAAGAUCAGAACAGCAUUUUGAAAACUAUGUCGGAACCAGUUAUUCUUCCUGCCAGUGACAAACACACAGCAACUGUCAUCUUCUUACAUGGCCUGGGUGAUUUCGGAGGAAGUUGGUAUGAUGCAUUUAAAGCGUAUCAGAUAGUAAAGGCACUUCCAUAUGUAAAAUUUAUUUUUCCAACAGCUCCAGUUCGAAAAGUAACAUUAAAUAUGGGUUUGGCAAUGACAAGUUGGUUUGAUAUUCUUGGUCUUGAUCAAAACGUCAAAGAAGAUGAAGAAGGAAUCGAGAAAUCAUCGAUAUUUUUAAAGGAGCUCAUUGAAAGCGAAAUUAUCAAUGGCAUCUCACCUGAUCGUAUAAUUAUCGGCGGCUUUUCCAUGGGAGGAGCAAUCGCUCUUCAUGCAGCAUUGACAUAUGCUCAUACACUCGGUGGUGUUGUAGCACUUUCGUCAUGGUUACCUUUAGCAUCAACAUUUCCAGAUGCACUUGUGUCUGGCGGCAAAAAAGUAAAUUUACCUAUUUUACAAUGCCACGGAACUGAAGAUCCAUUAGUGCAAUUAAAAUGGGCUCGAUUAACCGAACAAGCCAUCAAAAGCAUGGGCUUUAAACAGUAUGCAUUUCGAGAAUAUCAUGACAUGGACCAUUCAACGUGUGAUCGAGAAAUGAAAUGUGUCAAAUCAUUCAUUGUACAAAAUCUGCCGAGAAUAGAUUGA